GUAGUUGGUGGUGAACCUCUACCUCCUUUUGCCUUCACUCCAAUCCUUUACUUUUGAUAUGGCUGCCAACAAACCUACCAACCUCAACAUCACACAUGGAGCCCAGUUUGAAGACUCUACAGACUACCUGCAAGCGCUCCUAAUUUUCAUUAUCAGCAACAUCUGCCUAUUUGGAAAAGAACUGCACUUGGCAUGUUAGUGUUUGCUCUUUUGUGCAAGAGAGACACUGAAGCUUUUUAUCGUUUUCUGGAUUUUUUUUAAAUUUCUGCAUUGUGGUGGCUUCGUUACUUGCUGCGGUUAAAGUGUCAAAAUCAAACUUUACUUUCUCUUUUCCUCCCUUUCUGUUUAUAGUUCACCUUUCUCUCUCUGUCUGUCUUUCUCCUACUCUCUGUCAGGGAUUCCUCUUUUGACCUAUGCUAGAAAAAAGGGUAAAUGACCAAAAGGAGUACAUACUAACACCUGUCAUUCUGCCUUCUAUCAGCCUGGGCACAUGGAAACACUUAAGGUCAAUGCCACAACGAGCUUCGUCGCACAGCUACAACUAAUAGAUGGAUCUGUAUCAUCUUGCCAACCUAUGAACUGGAUUUUAAUGCAGUCCUGUGCUGUGAAGCUGAGCUGGACCUAGUCUGUGGGAGUCCUUUCUGUGUCUGCGGAGAGGUAGCUGUGGAGUGUCUGGACCGGUAAGCUAGGGUUAGAGACAAUCAUGGGUAAUGCCGCUGGGAGUAUGGACAUGCAGUUGGGGAAAGAGGGAAAGACAGUGUCGGCCCCCCCAGUGAUGGUGGCCCCCCAGAAGCAGCCAGCAAGUCCCAAGCUCCCCAUACCAGCUGAGGAGGAGUUAGAGGAGCGCUUCAAUGCAGUGUUGAAUACGAUGAAUCUGCCUCCCGACAAAGUGAAGCUGCUUUGUCAAUAUGACAAUGACAAGAAGUGGGAGCUGGUUUGUGAUCAGGAACGGUUCCAAGUGAAAAAUCCUCCAUCUGCCUACCUGCUGAAGCUCAAAAGUUAUCUUGACCAGGGAGGUGUCAGUCGAAAGUUCAAACGGCGUGUCCAGGAGUCCACCCAGGUUCUGAGAGAGCUGGAGAUAUCCCUGAGGACCAACCAUAUCGGCUGGGCUCAGGAGUUCCUCAAUGAGGAGAACUGUGGUUUGGAUGUUCUUGUAGACUAUCUGUCUUUCGCCCAGUGUGCUGUCAUGUACGACAUGGAGAGCCUGGACAAUGGGACAUCGCCUUCAGACAAAGGCAAACCGCUGGAUAAGUCUGUGGAGGAUCUGAGCAGAAGUGCCAGUAACUCACCCACCCACGGCGCCUCCAAGACUGGUCGACCUUUUACCACCAGAUUCAACUCUCUCCACAACAGGAAAGCAUUGAGGAAUUCACGCAUCGUCAGUCAAAAGGAUGAUGUUCACCUCUGCAUCAUGUGUUUACGUGCCAUCAUGAACUACCAGUCUGGCUUUAACCUGGUGAUGACCCAUCCGUGCUGUGUGAACGAGAUCACACUCAGUCUCAACAACAGGAAUCCCAGAACCAAGGCCUUAGUAUUAGAGCUGCUGGCUGCUGUUUGUCUGGUGAGAGGUGGCCAUGACAUCAUCCUUUCUGCCUUCGACAACUUCAAAGAGGUGUGUGGAGAGAAGAGUCGCUUCGAGAAACUCAUGGAGUAUUUUUGCAAUGAGGACAGCAACAUUGACUUCAUGGUGGCAUGCAUGCAGUUCAUCAACAUUGUUGUCCAUUCAGUGGAGAACAUGAACUUCAGAGUGCACCUACAAUAUGAGUUCACUUGCCAUGGCUUGGAUGACUAUCUGGAGAGUUUAAAGUUCACGGAGAGUGACAGACUGCUGGUGCAGAUACAGGCCUAUCUGGACAAUGUGUUUGAUGUUGGGGCACUGCUGGAGGAUGCAGAAACCAAGAAUGCCCUUCUGGAACACAUGGAGGAGCUGCAAGAGCACAAUGUACAGAUAAGCAAUAGACUGCAAGAAAGUGAGAGGGAAGCCAUGGAGAAAGUGUCUGAGCUGGAAAAACAGCUAAUCCAGACCACCAAAGAAGUGGAACUCCUUAAGGAGAGUCUACGAGAAUCAUGCUCACAGGUGACCAUUCUACAACAGCGGGAGCGAGAAAGAGAGAUCGAGCGAGAGAGGGAGAGAGAGAGGGAUCGCGAUCGUUCAGCCCAGGCGUUGUCGGAGCUGGAGGCUAAGGUUCAGGGGCUGGUGGACCAAGGAAUUAUCCGAAUGGGGCGCACCUCUUCAGGGCACCUGGAGCUACUCGUGGUCCCAGUCCUAGCACUCGGCUCACAGACAGGUAUCGAAGAAACCACAGUCGAUGACGCCUUGGCCCCUCCCACCUCCACAGUCCCACCUCCUCCACCUGCGCCGCCCUUACCAGCCGUCACGGGACAGGCUCCAACUCCUCCUCCAGCACCUCCCCUUCCAAGUUUGACGGCUCCACCUACCCCUCCACCGCUGAUCCCAGGAUCUGCUCCUCCGGCCCCCCCUCCUCCCCCAGGGGGUGGGGCACCCUUGCAGCUCGGAGGUGUGUCUGACGGACACUCAGGUGUCAGGCACAAGAAGCCCAUUCAGACCAAGUACCGUUUGCCUCUGCUCAACUGGCAGGCCCUCAAACCCAACCAGGUGGUGGGAACAAUCUUUAACGAGCUGGAUGAUGAGAAAGUGUUAGUGGAGAUAAACAUGGAUGCUUUUGAGGAGCAGUUUAAGACCAAGGCCCAGACUGCCCCAGCAGACGUGGGGACCCUGAAAAUGAAGGUGGCCCAAAAGACCCCCAGCAAAGUGUCCCUACUGGAGGCCAACCGGGCCAAAAACCUGGCCAUCACUUUACGCAAGGGAGGUCUGGCUGCCCCUGACAUUUGCAUCGCCAUAGAGACCUAUAACCAGGAAGCCCUCAGCCUGGACUUCCUUGAGCUGCUGGAGCGUUUCAUCCCCUCGGAGUACGACCUCAAGCUCAUCCAGAACUACGAGCGGGACGGCAGGUCCCUGGACGAGCUGUCUGAGGAGGACCGGUUCAUGGUGCGCUUUGGAAAGAUCCCACGUCUGGCCCAGCGCAUCAGCACUCUCACCUUCAUGGGGAACUUCCCCGAGAGCAUCCAGCUUCUACAGCCUCAACUAAAUUCUAUUAUUGCUGCUUCAAUGUCAUUGAAGUCAUCAAACAAGUUGAAGAAGAUUCUUGAGAUCAUAUUAGCGUUCGGCAACUACAUGAACAGCAGUAAAAGAGGGGCAGCCUAUGGUUUUCGGCUACAGAGUUUGGACUUGCUUUCGGACACUAAGUCUACAGACCGCAAACAAACACUACUGCACUUUAUUGUCAGUGUCAUUCACAAGAAAUACCCGGAGCUCAGGUCCUUCCACACUGAGCUGCACUUCAUGGAUAAGGCUGCUCUAGUGUCUUUAGACAACAUUCUGCAAGAUGUCCGAGCCUUAAAUAAGGGCAUGGAAGUUACCCGAGCAGAGUUUACCAUAGAAGGAGACAACCCUGUGCUUCAAGAGUUCCUCAACCGCAACAACGACUUGCUGGACUCUAUAGUAACAGAUGGCAAGACCGCCCAGGAUGUGUAUGACUCAGCAGUGGAGUACUUUGGAGAGAAUCCCAAAACCACUCCACCCUCCAUGUUCUUCCCUGCGUUUGUGCGGUUCAUCAAAGCUUAUAAGCAAGCUGAGCAGGACAAUGAGCAGAGGAACAAGAAGGAUGUUCUGAACAAUGAUGGAAAUGGCAGAGUGUCAUCCGCUCCUCCUGGCCCUGAUCCAGUGGCCCCCAAGGUUCCUAUGAGGCCCAAGAUGCCUCAAAUGGACCUGAUAGCAGAGCUGAAGAAGAGGCAGGUGACCCCACUUGUCCGCGAGGGCAAGGAUGGUGCCAUUGAGGACAUUAUCACAGACCUGAGAAACCAGCCCUACAGACGGACGGACGGGGGUCGACGCAGUGCUAAGUGGAAGCCAGGACAACAGCUCCACGUGUCCUCCGACAUCUCCCUCUGAAACGCCCUGCAACAGCUCUGUAGCACUCAAACUCACUCAUAGUCUGCAGUCAUAAACGCACAUGCACAUACUGUAUGUGCACACACUCGCACACACACACACCGCACACACACUAAGCAUCCCCUCCCAAUAACUCUUAAGCCAUUGUGGAAAUAGAGCUGCAUGUAUUACAAGUGCAAAGCUAAACAAACUUAACCCCAUGUUAACAUAGUGGGAUAAUUGAUCCUUCAUACCUGGGCCCAUCACUGCUGACUGCAGAUACUGAAGAGGAGAACUGCACAGUUUACAUACACUGUGAGGAGUUUCUAAGCCAGAUGUUUACAACUAGAACCACAUGAAGCACUAAGCCUCUAUCAGUCUAUAAGCUUUUGCCAUUUCAAAUUUGGCACUGUACACUUAAGUACUUGGGCUUGGACAAAUUGACUAUUUACAAAAUCACCAUGUGAUUGAAAUGGAGAGAUGAAACGAUGUGCUAUGAGCUUUUAGGCACUCACAUACAGUACAUUAGGUGAUACUCACAUACAGUACAUUAGGUUAUUGUGCAUUUGGAACUGUGCACAAACUGCUGUAGCAGAGACUACAUUUCUAGUUCACAAUUAAUAUCUUACUUUAUUUCACACUCAGAUAGUUGAAAUAUUUAAACAAACAACAUUUUCUAAGAAGUUUAAAUCCUUUUGUAACUAUGUACAAUCAUAUUUAAUUAUAAAUACAUAAAAAAAUACUUAGAUAAAAUAAUAAUUAAUUCUAUAUAAUGUAAAAUGGGCGCUAGAACCGUUUUGUGCUUCACAAUGUAGACCAAUUGUCUGACAACACAUCAGUGAUCUAUAAAUAUGUUUAAGAUUUUUUAAGGCACCAUAAAUCCCACAAUAACAAUCUGUAUGUUGUGUAUUUUUCAUCUACCGGACCUGUGUCAAAUACAAUUAGCAAAAACUUUCAAAUACUUUAGGUGUUACUUACCUAGUUCAUUACCUGAAAGAAGUGAAUGCAACUCUUCCAGAAAGCAUAAAUGAGUAUGUGAUAUGAUUUACAGUGUAUUUGCAUCUCUGUCUUAGGGACAAUAGGAUACUGAUUGCAUAUAGAAUAAGAUUUGUAAUAUAUUUAAAUUACUUUUAAUAUGCAAGUGAAUAAAAACGUUUUCUCUAACUUUUUGGGGUUGUAACUAAUAAACAUUUUAUACAGUU